UCACCUGCACUCGCACUCAAAAUACAGAGAGAGAGAGAGAGAGAGAGAUGGCGUUGACAGAGAAGCAAGAGGUGUUGGUGAAGGAGUCAUGGGAGAUCCUGAAGCAAAACGUUCCUGAGUACAGCCUCCGCUUGUUCCUAAGGAUAAUGGAGGUUUACCCGGACGCCAAGAACAUGUUCUCCUUCCUCAGGGAUUCGGACGAGAUCCCCCAGAACAACCCCAACCUCCAGGCUCACGCCGUGAAGGUCUUCAGGCUGACGUGUGAAUCGGUCGUCCAACUCCGCGAGUGCGGCGCAGUGGCGAUCGCGGGUUCGACCAUGAAGCGCCUGGGCUCCGUUCACCUGAAGAUUGGAGUCACCGACCGCCACUUUGACGUGGUGAGAGAGGCGCUGCUGAGGACGAUCGAGGAGGCGGUGGGAGAGAAGUGGAGCGAAGAGAUGGAGGGUGCGUGGGGUGAAGGCUACGACCGGUUGGCUGCAGCCAUCCUAGCAGAAAUGAAGGUCAGCGACGAAGCAGCCCCGGCCGCUAAUUAACUGUUCGAAUUUCUAUUGCGUUUGCCGUCGGCCGGUCGGUCGCCGUAGUUAUAUGAUCUUUUUAGUGUAUGGAGUGCGUGCGUGCGAGAGUGAGUAAGAGAGAAAUUUUUAUAUGAUUUUCUAUAUGGCGCCCUUAUGAAAUAUGAAAUAAUUGGGCUAGUUGUUCAGGAAUUUGAGAAUUAUAGGGAGAUCAUCUCUUUCUCUUCAGCGAUUAUGCUUUGCUCAGGA